GGUUGCUAGGCAAUGACUGGACCAAUCGGCGCUGUGUUUGAUGUGUGUAUGCUAUACAAGGGCAGUCAGAGCUGGAGAUCAUUGCCUCGGAACACAGCUUUAAUUGAAGCACGGGACCGGGUCGGUGGAUCUUGCCGUCAUGUUUUCUAAUCAGCCCAUGCAGUAGAUUUUCCACAUUGGAUAGCGGACAGCAGCACUACUACAAUGCCAGACUCCUCUCAAGUCAAGGAUGCUCGCCGCUGCUCUGUUGAAUGUGGAACACCUCCCUUGAGGCACUUCAGCCAGUCAUCGCUGGCACUUCCCAGAAACUCCCAAAGUCUUAGAACCUUCUGCACAGAGCACAAUAUGCAGGAAUGUCUUUCUUAUAUCAAACAGGAGGUGUCAUUGCUGAGCCUCUCGCCUUUUUGGACCGAAUUAGAUGACGACUCACAGCUGAAUGUAGUGGCUGUGCUGAACUGCAUGUAUGACCUGAUUCAGUUGCACCACAGGAGUCUGAGAACACUGGAGAAUAUGGAAAUGGAACAGCUUAAACUCAGCAGCUAUGUGGAUAACCUGAAGACUAAUAACACUCAUCUAAAGGAAGAGGUUGAGCUCUCUAAACGACAAAACACAGGCCUGCUCGAAAGAGAACGACAGCUGCACCUGAAACUAAAGAGUCUGCAGAGCUCCCUGAAAAAUGAAAAAGACGAGGUGCAAAAACUCCAGAACAUCAUCUCAAGCCGUGCCUGUCAGUACAAUCACGAAAUGAAAAGGAGGGAGAGAGAACUGAACAAACUGAGGGAACGACUGAACCAACUCCUGGCUGACAAAAAGGAAAGGAAACAAACCAUUGACUUACUAAACAACCUUGGAAGAGCUGAUGGAAAGAGAAGCCUGUGGAAAACCGAAAAGACAGAAGCAAAGCAUGAGGAGGAGAUGUAUAGGACUCUUCUGAGUGACUACGAACUGAGGCAGAGGGAGCUUGCUCUGGAAAACAAAGAGUUAAGGAAGGUGAUGCAGCAAAUUAAGAAAGAGAUGGUGUCCAUCCUGAAGUCAAGAAAACUGGCCCUGAAAGAAGAAAAGCAGGAACUUAAUGGCAUGCAGACUGCCUCAGACGACGAAGAGAACGAGGUGUUUGACUCCAGCAAGGAAAGCCUUGAGCUGUUCUGUAUUCAUGCCAGGGAAAAACUGACCAACAGUAUUCGCCUACAGUGGAGAAGAUUGAAAAGUCACGUUGAAAAACUAGACAGUCAAGGUGUACAUGAUGUCUCUCGUGAAGAUAAGGAGGAGAUGGACAGACUAAAGCUGGAGAUUCAGCAGUGCAAAGACUUCAUUCAAACACAGCAGCAUCUCCUACAGAGGCAGCUGAGCUCCUCGAUUGAUCAAGACUCAGCAUCACUGCAGAAUGAUGGCCUCAUGCUGCAGGAGAAGAUGCACCUUAGUGAAGAAUGGAAGAGCUUAGAGGAACAGAGACGCAUCUUUGAGAGGGAACGGAGGAACUAUACUGAAGCAGCUAUUAGACUAAGCCAUGAGAGGAAGAUCUUUGAGGAGGAUCGUGCACUAUGGCUCAAACAGCAAUUUCUCAGUAUGAGUCCCUUUGGAAACUCAAACCAACCUCAUCUGCUGAAGUCUGCAAGUGCUUUAUUGAUAACUGAAACUGAAGUGGGUUCACUAAACGCUUCAGAAAUGCCCCAUGAAUGUCAGUCAGUCUUGGUAUCUCCGAAGUCCAGAUCUGUCUCUCUCACAUCAUCUUCCACUGCUGACUUGGAGUCUGCUCUUUGUCUUAUUCCAGAAAAUGGCUCAUCAGAACACAGAAAAUCUGAACUGUUUGAGGAUUUCAACUCACUCCAUGAAAAUGUUCCUCUGCUGCGCAAACAGUGGAAGGAGAGCAAAGACCUCAGCAGCCAUUCACUCUCAGAGGAGAACAGCACUUCAUGAAGUCCUGGAACCAUUCUUAAUUUUCUAUUUCCACAGCUGCAGAAAUGUGUGAAGAGGUCACAGAGUAACAUGAAGCCAAACAUAUCCUGUCAAUGUCUAGAACAAAAUAACAGUCUUAGCAAAGGGACAAAAGAAAUAAUAAAACGUUUUAAAGGAGAAGUCCGGUCAGCAAAGGAAUAAUCAAUGGAUCAUUAUCUAUGCCUAAAACUAAUACAUUUCCAAGAGCUAUAGUUAAAUUGACAAUGCCCAUGUGCAUGGCAGUUUGAUGCUAUAAUACAUCAGGUGAAAGUGAAAGAAAAUUUGUUAUUUCACCUUUCCGAUUCAUAAUCCUCCAAGGACAGGUACGUUGUUGGAUUGCCAACUUAAAGACGGAGGAUUUGCCAUCGAACUUCUGGCCGGGGAAAAAACACAUAGUAUGCAGCCAACAUUUCGAAGAAGAAUGUUUUCAAGAUGACUUGGAUAAUAGCACGUUGUGAAAAACACCAUAUACAGCACUGGGACUUGCUCAGCAACCGAUACCGCACCGUGACGUCACAAACUGUAAGGUGGCAGUAGUGUUCUUUGACCAACAUAGAUGUCUCCAACAAAGCACAUUCAACUGAAAAUUACUCUUAAUUAAAAACACUUAUUUAUUGAAUAGUAAGUAAUAAUUUCAUAUUUAAUGUACUUUGAAUUCGUUUUUUUUAUAAAAUUUUUAGAAUAGCAUUUAUUUAUUUAUGUGGUACUAAAAUCAUUGAGUGUAAUACUUUAUGUUGAAACUGACAGUGUUGACAUUUGUAGACAUUUUUAAUGUCU